AUGUCUCUCCCCCCUCAUUCAGUGAAGAAACCGGGCCGAAUGCUCCAAGAAGGGGGUGCCCAAAAGAGCAACAUUACGGACACACUACUCUUUUUUCGAGUCACCGAAAGAAAAGGGAGAAAUGGCUUGAAAACGAAAGAGGAAAUUCAAACGAAAACAUUGGGAGGAAUUGGAAUCCGAUGCCUAUAUUUCGCAAUUUCGGCUUGCAAACUUGUGGUGGCAUCAGUUCUGUUUUCAGAAUUAAUUUGCCUUCCUUUUUUUAUAGCCAGAGGACCACCAGAAUCUCGUGACAAAGCCACAGCCAAUGUGACUUGGUUACUCAUUAAUCAUAGAACUGGGAGGCAUCGAAUUGAAAAAUAUAACCGAUUUCUUGAUAUCGUGUUAAAUUUCCACUGA